AUGGAAGUAGAAGCAAAUCUCUGUGGGGGCACAACUAUAAUAACAUCACUGUCAUCAGUGCUGCACAAUGACACAGAAUUCUCCGACCCAAAGACCUUUGACCCGAGUCACUUUCUGGAUAAGAGUGGCAACUUUAAGAAAAGUGAUUUCUUUAUGCCUUUUUCAACAGGAAAACGGGUUUGUGUGGGAGAGAGCCUGGCCCGAAUGGAGUUGUUUUUAUUCCUGACCACCAUUUUACAGAGCUUUAACCUGAAAUCUCUAGUUGAUCCAAAAGAUCUUGAUAUUACCCCAGUUGUCAAUGGGUUUGUUUCUCUUCACCCCAGGUACCAGCUCUGCUUCAUGCCUGUCCGAAGUCAUCAACCAGCUCUCUUCAUGGCAUUGUGUGAACGGUAA